AUGUUCAUGUUACUGGUACUGGUACUACUGUUUCUCACCAAGAGUUCAAGUGCGCGGCACUCGUUGCUGCUGCUUCUGUUGGCCUUUUGCUGCCUGAGCAGUGCCUUUGGUGCCAAGAUAACGAAGAAGGUUGAAAAAACAUCGGAAAAGCCCGAGGUGGAGGCUGCUGCAUCUCCAAUUGAGGAGGAAAACGAUGAAGAUGCUGGUGAAGAUGAUGACGACGACGACGACGACGAGGAGGAGGAGGAACCUGCGGUGAAUGCGGCUGACAAAGAAGCUGCUGCAGGGGCAUCGAGUAACAAGAACCCCAAUGCCGUGCAGGCAGCCACGGAUCCCACAGAUCUCAGUGUCUGGGGCAUGGUUCGCACUCUGUGGGGCUGGCUUCGCAGCGAUCUGGGUGAAAGCCUAUUCGGCGAUGACGAUAGCGACGACGGAAAGCCCGCGUCCGGCAGCUCAGCAGUGGAGGGCCGUACCUUCGGCAAAAUCCGACGACUUCAAAUGGCCCUGAUACCCAUUAUCUUCAAGUUUGGUGUUCUUUCGGCGAUGGUUGCCUUCCUGGUCGCCAUUGGCAUGAAAUCGCUGUUCCUGCUCAAGGUUCUGGUGAUGAUGAACGCCAUUGCCAUUCUGGGAAAGUUCAUUACCCUCAAGUCCAGUCUCUUUGGACAGUAUGAGAACACGGCGCCGUCCUUCAACUACCCGGGCUGGAAUCCCCAUGCCAAGGAGUCGUGGGGCACCACUGGUUUGAGUGCUCAUGGCGGUGGCCAUCCACCCAGCAAGGAGAUUCACCUGCACAUCCAUGGAAAUGCCCAGACUCAGGCUCAACUCGCCGGCCAGGGCUAUCAGUAUGAGUCGCAGUCGGGUGGAUGGGCCAGUCGAUCGGAUCCGUAUGGAGCGUAUGCACCAACGGGUCAGUUUACGGAUAGCCAGCCCGUGGGAGCUGUGGCCGGAGAGGUGCCCAACAAUACGGAUCCCAUGUCCCUGCUGCCCACGAAAUACCGGGCGAGACACCUCAUCCGCUGA